ACCUAAUCUGAUGUGGAGAGUAAUGGGUUACUGUCAACUUGCUAUGAAUUGUCUGACUUGACAUCAGCUUUAACUAAGAGGAUGUCAUAAAAAUCAAAUGUCUUAAGAUUUGAAUGAUUUGGUUUUAAUGGAAAUGACACUCUUUUUAUUCUCAGAGAAAAAAAAUCUGCCAUUUACUGUAAUGUUUCCAUGGAUGUGAAAGAGGAGGUGUGUGAGGCUGACAUGAAUUUAAUGGAGAAAAGAACCAUAAUUGUUAAGGAGGAGGACUGUGAAUGGGAGAGUGUCCACCCUGAACAAGAGAGUCUGGACAUUAAGGAGGAGGACUGUGAAGUGUGGACAGUAAAUAUUAAAGAGGAGGUUGAAGAGAAGUGUGCCAACACAGAGGAACACGACAAUAGUAGUAUUGAGAGUGUCAAUGAAGAUGACCUUCAUUAUGAACAUCAAGAUGGAGCAGUGACCGGGUUAGUCUCUUCACAUAGCAGACCCUCUUUAUCUGUGGAGUCUUCUAUCAAUGUAAAAUAUGAAUCUUUACAGUCUGAGACAAAUACAACUGAAGAAAUGUUAUCUCCUAGAACUCUGAAACAUCUGCCACCACCUAAUAAGUCAUCUAAAACCAGAAUCAAACGUCACAGCUGUUCUGAAUGUGGGAAACAAUUUUCUGGCAUAAGUAAUCUUCGGAGCCACCAAAGAAUUCACACUGGGGAGAACCCACACAGUAAUUCUCUUCUGAUUCACAUUAAAACUAAAGUGGGAGUGAAGUCAUAUUGCUGCUCUGAAUGUGGCAAACAAUUUUCACGAAGAAACAACCUUUUUGAUCAUAAAAGAAUUCACACAGGGGAGAAGCCAUAUUGCUGCCCUGAAUGUGGAAAACUAUUCUCUCACUAUAGUACUCUUCAGAAGCACAUUAAAUCUCACAGAGAAGUGAAGCUGUAUUGUUGUUCUGAAUGUGACAAAACGUUUUCACAAAGAAACCAUCUUCAGAGCCACCAAAGAAUUCACACAGGGGAGAAACCAUAUUGCUGCCCUCAAUGUGGAAAACAAUUCCUUCACUGCACUAGUUUUCGGACACACAUUCUAACUCACUCAGGAGAGAAGCCAUAUUGCUGCUCUCAAUGUGGCAAAAAGUUUUCACAGAAAAGCCAUCUGAAGAGCCACCAUAGAAUUCACACAGGAGAGAAGCCGUAUUGCUGCCCUGAAUGUGGAAAACAAUUCACUCACCGUAGUACUUUUCAGAACCACAUUAAAACUCACACAGGGGAAAAGCCAUAUAGCUGUUCUGAAUGUGGCAAAAAGUUUUCACAAAGAUGGCAACUUCGUAGCCACCAAAGAACUCACACAGGAGAGAAGCCAUAUUACUGUUCUGAAUGUGGUAAACAUUUCUCACACAGUAGUACUCUUCUGAUACACAUUAGAACUCACUCAGGAGAGAAGCCUUAUGACUGUUCUGAAUGUGGCAAACCGUUUUCACGAAGAAACAACCUUUUGAUUCACAAAAGAAUUCACACAGGGGAGAAACCGUAUUGCUGCCUUGAAUGUGGAAAACAAUUCUCUCAGCUUGGUACUCUUCAGAUACACAUUAAAACUCACACAGGAGAGAAGCCAUAUUGCUGUUUGGAAUGUGGCAAACACUUUUCACAAAAAUGCCAUCUUCGUAGCCACCAAAGAAUUCACACUGACAAAGACAUAAUGCUCCUCUGAAUGUGGCAAACAGUUUUCACAAAGCAACAACCUUUCAGAUGACAAAAGAAUUCACACGGAUCAGAAGUCAUAUUACUGUUCUGAAUGUGGCAAACACUUUUUUCAAAAAGACAUACUCUUCAGAUCCACCAAAGAAUUCACACAAGGGAGAAGCCAUAUUGCUGCCCUGAAUGUGGAAAACAGUUCUUUAGCAGUAGUACUCUUCAGAUUCACAUUAAAACUCACACUGGACAGAAGCCAUGUUGCUGCUUUGAAUGUGGUUAAACAUUUUCACCAAGAUGCCAUAUUUAUAGCCAAUAAAGAAUUCACACAGGGGAGAAGCCAUAACACUUACACUCACACAGUAAUACUCUUUGGAGGCACAUUAAAACUCACUCAGGAGGAAGCCAUACUGCUGUUUGGAACAUGGCAAAUAGUUUUAAUAAAGAAAACACCUUUCACCUCACAAAACAAUUCACACAAGAGAGAAGCCAUGUUACUGUUCUGAUUAUGGCAUAGUUUUCAUUUGGAGGCCAUCUUAAGUGCCACACAGGUUUUCACAUGAAAGUGUUUGGAUUAGAAAACUUACCGAAGUAGCAUUCAUUAAUGGAAAAUUAAAAUCAACCUUUGUUGAAGAUUAUCCAUUAAGAGAACUUGACCAAGAGGAUACUUAAGAAUUACUUGUUAGUUGAUGAGGGUGUAAACAUAAACCAUAAAGAGCAGAGACUGGAGAUCAGCAGUGAAUAUACAAGAAUGGUAAAAAUGAUCCUUAUAGGUUCCUUGACGAGGAACAAAAUACAGGUAGAUAAUCGGUUAGUUAAACAUGUCAUCUCAUACAGCUUUGGGAUUGUAGUCUGGCCCCAGAAAGACCUCAACAGUC